AUAUUUUUCUAGAUUAUUUGACACAAGUAUUGCCCUAACACUACUACAAUAGCAUAUUUUAUAUUUAAUUACUAUUAUAGGUCCCUUAUAGAAAUUGUAGAAAUAUAUUCAGAUGCUACUAAAAAUGAUCAAACUAAGAUAGUUGCAUCAAUUUAUAACAUUGGAAUGAAGGCCGAAUUAUUCACAGUGCAGUUAUUAGAAUUUCCAUUAAGCACGAACAAAAACGGUACUGAAAUUCAAAGUCGCGAUGUAUACAUUUUCCCCUAUCGCCGACACAAUCACGUUUUAAAUUUAUAUGGACCACUUAUCAAGUCAAACACCAAUUGCACAUUGCGAGUAUUGGACAAAUUGAACAAUGUAAUGGCUUGGAGACAUGUUCCCAUUAGCGAAGCCAACCGCUGUUUUUGUGUGUGGAAUUGUGAAUGCGCUUGUACAACCAUUGAAGAUCAAUUAUUUUCAUCUAACUGUAAAACGAUGUCACAUGAAGCUUAUAAUGGUGCUGGCUUUCGAGGAGCUAUACCUCAAAUGCGUACUUCUGAUUCUAUUUCCAUAUUGAACAUAAUCAAAUUAACAUGUAUUUUUGUAUCAACAUUUUUUAUCAUAAGGUUUUAUAUUGGUAUAACUGAAGUAAAUGAUUACGAAUAA